AUUCCCGCCCUUGGACACCCGGCACCUUUACACAACUCCCUGGCAGGCAAAUCUCCAGUGGUGGCAAGGAUACAUUUAGAUCAACUUUUUGGAAAGCUUCAUGGAUUGAAAAGAGAAAAGGAAGGCCAAGGCAUUAUUAUUGUCGCCACGACAAAGAAUACAUCUGGGGACAAUUUGUUUUGGAACCGACAAUCUUAGCGACCGAGUUCUGGCUUGGGUACCCGUGGGGAAAGGAAACAACCGACAAAAGCCAAAAAGGAUAUUGUACGAUUCCAAACAUUACAACUGCCCAACAAUGAGUUCGACACCGCAAGGAAGUUCUGCAGGGGAUCAAGAGGGUUCGGGGGAAAAGUCGAGUGGUAUCAACAAAUAUGUGCAGCGCAUGCGAACCGUUUUGAAACGAGGAAAAUCAAAGGGAUCGAUUUCGAGCAUGGCUGAGGUCUCUGGAGGAUCGUCUGCGACGAGCACACCUGCGCCUACGACUACAACCAAGCCGAAGGCGACUCCAUCUAAACCUGCGGCAACAAAUGUUCAGUCUACUGUCUCCGCAGCGGCCAAGCCUGUUGCUCAAUCAACUGGUCCUACAACUCAACCGCAGAAGCAUCGGGUUGCUGGCGCCAGGGCUGUGACCCAGCAAGAAAAGGCUGAAAAGGCUCGAGCUCUGUUCGCCAAGUAUGGCCUUACUUUGGAACCCCAUGAAUGGAUGUUUGCGCCGGUCCACGAACCCAUUGAGCGAGUCGAGAAGCCCGUCCGUAUGAGGGUACAUCGGCAGUGCCACCGCUGCAUGACGACUUUUGGCCCUGACCGCGUCUGCUUGAAUUGCGAGCACAAGCGAUGCAAAAAGUGCCCACGCUAUCCGGUCAAGAAGACCAAGGAUGCACAGGGCAGAGUUAUUCCUGGCGCGACGACAACUGCUGCAACCGCGACUGGUGCUGGUGUUUCCGGAACGGCGAUUCGGGCCAAGGCCAAGGCGCAAAAGCAGCAACUCACCCUUCCAUCACGUACCGGCGGGCAGGAUCUCGUCCGCAAACCCAUUGUGCAGAGAGUCCACCGCACUUGUCAUCGUUGUUCGGUCAAAUUCACGUCUGGAGAAAAGAUUUGCAACAAUUGCAGCCACGUGCGCUGCAAGAAAUGUCCUCGCGAUCCGCCCAAACUCCACAAGUAUCCGGACGGCUACCCUGGUGACGCAGAGCCAGAGCCUGAACCUGCUCCGCCAAAGCAACGCACCUUUAAAAAGGUCCGAACUCGUGUUCGGUGGUACUGCCACGACUGCUCGACCAUGUACUCGGAAAGUGCCAAAGAGUGUUCCGAGUGCGGCCACGAGCGGUGCCAGCAGUGUAACAGAGUCCCACCCAAGAAAAUCAAACCCCCUCCAGAUCCAGAAGUCCUCCGAAGUCUCGAAGCUCGUCUCGCUGCAAUGGGGUUCUCUGGUGCUUCGGAAAAGGAGGAUUAACAUUGGCGAAGCACGGUUGUCGUGCAUAUGAGUCAUACUCCUGACAAUUGUAGCUGUGUCGGCAUGUCAUGUCGACGUUUCAGAUGUUGGGUCCUGCAUGGAUCAGACAGUAUGGUAGCAGCUUAAUGAUAUUUUCCGCCCCUCCCCAACUUUUUCUCUU